UAAGUCUGAGAUGAGUUGUCCCUUACACCACACAGUGAGCUGCAUGAGCGCGGCAACGCUAAACACUGCCUGGCGACCAGCAGGGGCUCAGUAAGCAUAACUGACGUCCCUUAAGAUGUAUACUCUGCUGCUCAGAAGAGGGAGACCCUGAGGGCUGUUCUCCCCAUCCUCAGUCCUCCCCUGACAUACACAUGUGACUCCUUGCCCACAGUGACAUGUGUCUCUGGUGCCCCAAAGCCUAGGAGAUAAAGCAUAGCCUUCAUGGACAUGCACGAUCUGGUUUCAGUCUAUCUCUUCUUUCUUCAAUUCCCCUUCCUCUUCCCCCAACACAUACAGUCAGUCGAUCCUCAUUAUUCAUGGGUCCUAUGUUUACAGAUUCUCCUACUUGCUAAAAUAUAUUCAUAAUCUCCCAAAUUAGUACACGGGUCGUUUUUGUGGCCACUCAUAGACAAGCACAGAAUGGCAAGAAAUUUCAGUUGCCCAGUGGGGACAUUUGAAGCUGAAGGCCAACAAGGCAACUCUCUGAUUUCUGGUUUCAGUUCCCCUACUAGAAAUAAAUGUCCUUUGCUACAUUUUUCAUAUUCUGGUGCUUUUUGAGAUGGUUUUACUAUUUAGAUAACCUGUAAGCAUAAUGCUAAAGUGCUUCUAGAUACUUGGUUCUCUCUCCUAAUGCUCAGGAUGACUUCGGGUUGGCCACAAAGGAUGGCAAGGAGCAGCCCCCAGGUAGCUAAGCAUGGCUCCCUACCCCUAGCAGCCCUCCUCUCAGCCCCUUUGGCUGACCAAAAUAGGAUUGGGUCUCCUCACCACCCCUGCCUCCUCCUGGACCUCCCCCUGGAUCUGGGGUCCAGGGGGCCAGCAUAGGAGAGCCUGACCAUAUACCCUUUUUUGCCAGGGUACCAGGCACUGAUCCCAGGAUACCCCUGGAGCCUGACCCCCUCUGAAGACUUCAGCAAUCCUGUUGAGCUCCUGUGACUGUCCCUGAUUCGUGAUGCUCACAGAAUGCUGAGGAGUGGUGCUAAGGAGUUACAGAACCCUGGAUGCAAAUCCCAGCUUCAUCAUUCACUAGCUGGUGUGACCUCAGGCUGGGAGGCUGGGCCAGUGGGCCUUUUAACCAGCCCGGGAAGGCUGUGCCACACACCAGAACCUGGACGCCUGUGCUUGGCCUCUGUGGACCCAGCAGCCGCCAGCCUGGGCAGCAUGCAGCAACCACCGCCACCGCCAGGGCCACUGGUCCCUGCCACAGAGCCCACCAAGCCCCCGUACAGCUACAUAGCCCUCAUCGCCAUGGCUAUCCAGAGCUCGCCGGGGCAGAGGGCCACGCUCAGUGGCAUCUACCACUACAUCAUGGGCCGCUUUGCCUUCUACCGCCACAACCGGCCCGGCUGGCAAAACAGCAUUCGCCACAACCUGUCCCUCAACGAGUGCUUCGUCAAGGUGCCCCGGGACGAUCGCAAGCCGGGCAAGGGCAGCUACUGGACCCUGGACCCUGACUGCCAUGACAUGUUCCAGCACGGCAGCUUCCUUCGUCGUCGCCGCCGCUUCACCCGGCGGACAGGCGUUGAGGGCGCCAAGGGCUCUGCCAGAGCACCCCGUGGCCCCCUCAGAGCCACCAGCCAGCACCCAGCAGUCCCCGAGGCUGUGGAUGGCAGGCGGUGCUCAUUCCCACUGGAGCUGCCUGACCCCAAGGGCCUAAGCUUUGGGGGUCUGGUGGGGGCUGUGCCAGGCAGCAUGUGCCCAGCAACUGCUGACAAAAGGCCGCAUCUACCCAUGGAGCCCAAAGAGAUGCCCACGCCUAAGCCUGCAGGCCCUGAGGAGCUCCCCGUGGCCGCCUCGUCCUCGCCAUGCCCCGCAGUUGGCUUUCCUGCCGGCUUCUCCGAGGCAGAGGGUUUUAGCAAGGUCCCUACGCCUGCAGCAACCCCGGAGGUGGGCGUCGGCAGCAGCUACCAGUGUCGGCUUCAGGCCCUGAAUUUCUGCAUGGGGGCUGACCCAGGACUGGAGCACCUCUUGGCCUCGGCAGCCCCCUCCCCUGCACCGCCCGCCCCUCCUGCCUCCCUCCGGGCCCCACUACCCUUGCCAGCCGACCCCAAGGAACCCUGGGCUCCAGGGAGCUUCCCUGUCCAGGGAGGCUCCGGCUACCCACUGGGGCUGCCCUCCUGCCUAUACCGGACACCAAGAGUAUUCUUCUUUGAAUGAUGCGGCCUCACCUCCACAGGGCCCCUGUCAAGGACACCCUCCGGGCUGAGCCUGGCUCUAGGACCUGGACAGAUCUUGAAGGACCCAGCCCUGGCAGGCCAACAUCACCUAGGAUGGGAAGCCAGGACUCUGCAGCCAACGCAGCCAGGCCAUCGGGCCCAGCAGACUUGGGGGUGAGGGGACGGGGAUCGCUUACACUUGACUCUGUGGCUCU